GUUUCAACAUAUUGACUCGGUAUUCUGUCGGCGCAUUUCAUGCCGUGUGACUGUUUUCUGAGAGUCCGGCGUGUGCCAUCCGUGAACAUCUAACAAAUAUAUGUGUUGACAGUAUACGUUACGCGCUGACGGACAAUCCCUUGCUGUGUAAACUGAAAAAUGUGUCAGUUUUCCCUCGUGGCUUCUGCUGUCUGCGUCGCAAUCGCGUUCACACUGCUCACAGACAGCACCGGAGCUUACAACCUUGAUGUGGACAACGCGAUCAUAUUCCAUUCAGGCAAACGCGACGUCUUCUUUGGAUAUUCGGUGGCAUUACUUAGACGGAACGAAGCGAAUGACCGUUACUGGCUCCUAGCAGGAACGCCAAAGUACGUCAAUAAAAACCCUGUGCUGGAUGGCUCAGUUACUGGCGACGUGUACAUUUGCACGGAGCAUAAUGCAACAUGCAGCAUGUUGCUCAUUAAUGAAACAAGAGUUCAACGGAAGCGCGUGUAUCUGUUUAAUAAUACAGAAUACGUAGACAUAAUCGAAAAUAAAAAUGGACAAUUUCUGGGCGGUAGCAUGGACGCAACGGAUGACAUGAUAACGGUAUGCGGUCACCUGUGGCGGAACCGUAGACGACGGCUGAACUAUGUAAAUGGUCUCUGCUUUUAUAUUGACCCCAGUACUCGAGGAAGAUGGAGAAUUAUUCCAAACUCACCCCUCUGGAUUAAAAGACUUCAAGGGAAAGAUACAUAUUAUCAAUAUUUUUUAGCAGUGGCCGGAUUUUCUGUCCACAUCACACAGGAUUCGAACAAGGAAAUCCUGUUUGGUGUGCCAGGAGCUGACAAUUUCAGGGGCACCGCAAUAGCAAGUAAAUAUGGAAACGAAUCGUUUCUCGACAUCCCACUCGCACCUUCCCACUACUUUGACACAAGUUCCUAUUUUGGUUACUCCACCACUUCCGGCAAAUUAACGCAAGACAGUUUAACCUACUACGCAGCAGGAGCCCCGCGACUGCAUAAUCACGGAGAGGUAUUCGUAUAUCGAACAGAGUAUCUCCAUAAUAGAACGGACAUAACAACAAGGCCUGGAAUACAGAUUGUCAAGCGAUUCAUGGGCGAUCAUCCGUCACCACAAUUUGGGGAAUACUUUGGUGCCGCAGUAUGCGCAGUUGACAUCAAUGGAGACAGUAUGGACGACCUAUUGGUGGGGGCGCCACAGUACAGCGUGAUUGGAGACGAGGGUCGUGUCUACGUAUAUAUCACAGAAGGAUUGGGCAUAUAUUCCAGCCACAUCAAGCCAUUAUCGGGAGGAAAUCAGCCGGGAUCAAGAUUUGGUUCUGCAAUUUCAACCAUCGGCGAUAUCAAUAGGGAUGGAUAUAGUGAUGUAGCAAUUGGAGCUCCUUACGAAAACAACCGAGUAGGAGCUGUAUAUAUUUACCACGGGGCAGCGAGAGGCAUUUAUCCUAGAUAUCGACAGAGAAUAGGCGGAGAGGAUAUCAGUCCUGUGACGAGGUCAUUUGGAUGGUCACUGUCACGCGGGUUGGACAUCGAUAACAAUCUGUACCCGGAUAUCGCCGUUGGAGCAUACGAGAGUGAUCAGGCUAUCCUACUAAAAGCAAGGCCUAUUAUCGCCAUGCAGGCAACACUUGCGUUUAACCCGGAAUGGAUUCCACGGAAUUUGUCUGACAGUGUUGGAUCAAAUCUGGAAAUUCGGAUCUGCUUCCAGUUUUAUGAAAAAGACAUUAAAUUAGUCGCACAUGGUGUGGAAUACACGGUGACAAGCGACGCGAAUUACAAUCGCACUUCUGCUAUACCCAGAGCGACAUUUCAUGACGGGAAACAGUGGACAAACACCAUAACAGAACAGAUAAUGGUCAAUAAUACCAAACCCGCAUCGUGUGCGACCCAUACACUGCAUAUCAACAAUGAGACCCAGGAUCUCUUGAAUGCUCUAGUGUUCUCCGUGAGUUACGAGCUAACGCAACAGACGAAACCGCCCUGCCGUACGGUGUGCCCCAUGCUGGACGCGAAUAAGCCGAAUUCACUCAUAAAAAGGGUGUUUUUUACACGAGACUGCGGGUCCGAUAGCAUGUGCGUGUCGGAUCUGGUACUAAAUAGUACAGUCGAGUUCGCAGAUCGGCGGAAGCGGCUGCAGCUGACGGCUGGCAGAGACACGGGCUUCAGUAUACGCGUGACGCUACGUAACGACGGGGAAGACGCCUACAACACAAUGCUCGUGCUCGCGAUAUCUACAGCACUCACUAUCGGUCGUGUGACGUCAUUCGGCCAGGUUCCAGUCACGUGCAUCCUGGACUUCAACGUCGCUGACGAAGGCGACGAGGAAUCAGACCAGCUAGAUGAUGAUGAAGAACAGGUGGAAAAAAUGAUGGCGCCACUGGGGGACAAAUCUAAGGCUAUCACGUAUUGUCUUGCUGGAAACCCACUCAUCUCCGGACAGACGGUCGAGUGCCUGAUGGAGAUAGAGCUUGCAACGGAACAUGGCUCAUACCCAAGUGAAGCUGUGAUCGAACUGAACGCGAUUACCGCUAGCACAGAAGAAAAUGCAACGACAUUCGACAAUAAUGUCAGCCAUACGAUACACCUUCAAUAUUUAGUCGACAUGGCUGCCUCGGGUAUCUCCAUUCCAGAGCAGCUAUCCAUAGACAACACAGCUGGCAGUAACUUCAGCAGUAACCAGCGCAACAUCACUCACUUAUUUGAUGUGCACAACAAUGGCCCAACAUCGGUGAACAUGUCUCAGGUUGUCAUAAAACUUCCAUUCUAUGCAUCUGGAGUGGAGCACCAGAUAAUCAUACUACGAGGUGUUCAGAUGAAAAAUAAUAACUUCACUUCGACGCCCGUGACGUGUGUAGGCCAUAAACGAUACAUUCACUACAAAGUGCGAGCAAACAGCGAGAACGGUCAUCGAAACUUAAUCAAUGAUGACCAUGACGAAGAUAAAGCGCACGAGUUAAACACUGCUGGAAGUCGGAUAGUCACACUGGGAUGCGACGUCGUGCGCUGCAUUCGCAUCACGUGUGACAUAAGCAGUCUGGAUGCUGGAGAAAGUAACUACAUUGCCAUACACAUGGAACUGAUGCUUGAUCACAUUGAAAAACUAAAAGCCAAAAUAUCAGAAAUCAAUUAUAUCAGUGAAGCAGCUGUAAUACUAGACGGAGCCGGGUUCAACAUCAUUCAACCUGACCAUCAUCUCCCAGACACAGCAAAGAUCACCACGAUUUUAAACUACACGGUGGAGUUAGUAGGGCUGGCAGCAUUCGACAAGCGCGUAGUGAUUGGCGUCGGUGUGGGAGCUGCACUGCUUGCGCUAAUUAUCAUCAUCUUUAUACUAGUCAAAUGCAACUUCUUUAAGCGACCAGAGAUGGAGAGAUUGCGUGAGUUAAGAAAAGAAUCCGUCACCAGUAGGAUUGAGCUGAUGGAAGAGGAACAACAGAAUGAUGGCCUCUCUGACUGACAAUGCUAGAACUACCAAAGCCGACGUAGAAAUUUAGUGAUAUUUUUUCAUAGUUGUAAAAAAAUACCCGUAAUAUGGUGCAUGGGGCAAUACGUUUUGCAAACAUGUUUAUGAAUAAGCAGGCAAUUGUCUAAUUUAUCAUUCCCAUGGUUUAUAAUGUAGCAACAUUCACUGUCAAAAAUAUAGCGUGCUCA